UUGUGUUGAAUUGGCAAAACAAUUGAAGAAAAUCGCAUCCAAAUAGGUACCCCGAAAGCUUCUUGUUUAGGAUAUUUUCAAUUAAUAAUAAUCACUAAAACUUAGUCAAAGUUGUGCAAAGUACUGCCACUACGAUGCCCGCAUACCAUUCGCAGAUAAAGGAUUACUCUCAAUCCGUGGGAAAUAUGGCCAUUCUGCCCAUCCGAACGCAGGCGCGCGGUCCUGCACCAGUGAAUCCUGGCCUGGAGCAGGACAUUAUCGAUGAAACGCUGUACUACUUUAAGGCCAAUGUUUUCUUUCGCACGUACGAGAUCAAGUCCGAGGUGGAUCGGGUGCUGAUUUACAUCACGCUCUAUGUGACGGAGUGUCUGAAGAAAUUGCAGCGAUGUUCGAACAAAAAUCAAGGUCUGCAAGAAAUGUACACGCUGGCCAUUUCUCGUUUUGAUAUUCCGGGUGAGGCGGGCUUUCCGCUAAAUGCCGUGUACGCCCGACCGAAUUCGCCAGCAGAUGCCGAGCUAAUGAGACAGUAUUUGCAACAGUUGCGCCAGGAGGUGGGCAUCCGUGUUUGCGAGCGUGUUUUCUCUGGUGAGGACGGUAAGCCGAACAAAUGGUGGCUGUGUUUCGCCAAGAAGAAGUUCAUGGACAAAUCGCUAUCCGGACCGGGUCAGUAAGGUUUAACUACCUAUAUUGUGCACUGACAGGGAUGGGCUUUUAAUUACGUAUAUUGCAUUUUUGUCCCUAUCAAAUUCCUUUUAAUGAUAAAAAUAAAUUCCGUGUAAGUUCUCUAA